AUGGAUGAGGAGCCACAGUUAGCUGAGACAAUGCAGAAGGUGAUCGCGACUAUUUCCCCAAAGGAAUACCGACGAAAGACAAUUGAAGAUAAGGAGGGUGGAGUGAACUAUAAUUAUAUCAGCAAUGGUGAGGGUCGCAUUGUUGCCUGUGUUACAACAAGCGAUAUGCGUAUGCGUACAAUUUUUGCCUUUCUGGAAGCAGUCGAGCCGCUUGUUCGUGGUAGUGUCGGUCCACAGGGGUCUGAGCUUCGUAAUGGCAAGAAACUUCUUCAGCAAAAGAUGGAGUUUUACAACAAUCCACAAAAUGAUAAGAUUACGGCCCUUAACGAAGAAAUCAACCAGGUUGUGGAUGUGAUGAUGGACAAUAUGGACAAGGUCCUUGCUCGCGGCGAGCGUCUUGAUACACUAGUCGAUAGGGCUACUAGUUUGUCAAAUCAGGCUCAGGAAUUCCAGCAUUGCUCCACUGAGCUGAAGCGGAAUCUAUGUAUGAAGAAUAUUAAGUUGACGCUAAUAAUCAUCGCAGUCGUUCUUGUAUUCAUUCUUAUUAUUUUGAUGAUUGUCUGCAAGCCAAAUUUCUCGAGGUGUAGUUAGCCCAAUUAGACAUGAGAAUUAGAAACGUGAAAUUGUUUUGAUGCUUGUGUUGCAUCGUUCAUACACAGUAGCCUUCGCGCUGUGCUUGCAUUUUUUCUUUUAGUGUUGUAUAUUGUUAGUGCGCAAAAGAAAAGGUAGUUUUUAUAAUUAUUUAUAGUUGCGUGUUUGCCUAUUUUUUUUUGCCAGAGGUAUUCUUCAAAGAGAUGCGAUUAGAUAACAAGAACUGAAUGCUGACUUUAGUGCUACUUGAGAGAUUCUCAUAAAACUAUCAUAUUUUUCAUUUAUUCAAUCAGAAGUGGCAUAUAAGUUAAUAAUGGACUAAUUAUACAUGACGGGGGGGGGGAGGGAGGGCUAGAAA